ACUUCUGAACGUUGUGUUAGUUGGAUUAAGGAUCUUUUUUCUUUAAAACAUGAAAAGAUGGAAAUCUUUGAUAAUGCGCGUCAGAGUUACGGAACGGACAUGGAUUGCAUCGUGGUUCAGUUACCUUCCCAGUAG